AUGGAUGGAGUUUGUCUACGCAGCAAUUUACAAUCCCAGCUUGGUCGAUAUAUUAAACGGGAUUUGCUGGAUAAGGCAACCUGCACAAUGACAAUGUCUCCCACCAGUUUAGAUUGGCGCCUAUCAGAGCGUAAGCGUGUGGAAAAGUGGAUAACCAGUUGUUCAGAGAUUGUCUCAAGGAAGAAUAAACCUCCAAAUUUGUUUGGACUGGACUAG